GGUUUAAAAAGCACAAUAGGAAACCGCUUGGACAUUAAAAAAAAAAAAAAAAGUGGACAUCUGUGAGGAUCGGCGUCAUUUGCGUUGGAAUUUAUUAUUAAUAUUAUUAUUGACAUUUUCGAGGGCUAUAGAAUAAUCCAGCAAACAGGACUUUGGGAAUGCUGCCUUCACGUGUGCUCCGGUCAGUGCUGUGCGCGCUGAGUUGCGUGAGUGUGUGCGUGCACGCAGCCUCACGCCUCAAGUCUCACUCGCUGCCCAUCCAGUCUGAGAGAGAUCCUGUACUCUCCAAAGGCCUGGCAGGAUGUUCAUUCGGGGGUCGAUUCUACUCUCUGGAGGACACGUGGCAUCCAGAUUUGGGGGAGCCCUUCGGUGUGAUGCAUUGUGUCCAGUGCUACUGUGAGCCUCAAAAGAGCCGCCGUGGGAAAGUAUUUGGGAAAGUCAACUGCAAGAACAUCAAGCAGGACUGUCAGGAUCCAGACUGCGAUGAACCCAUCUUGCUGCCAGGACACUGUUGCAAAACCUGUCCAAAAGGUGAGGAGGACAAGAAACUAACAGACCCAAUGCUGGACAGCUUUGAGUAUUUCCACGAGAAGGGUAAAGGGAAAGACGACCUCCACAAAUCUUACAACAACGAUAGGUCAUACUUGAGCUCAGAGGACAUGGGCCCCGGAGAGAGCCGCACUGAAUUUGUUGCACUAUUGACAGGAGUGACAGAAUCAUGGCUGCCCAGCACCAGUGGCGUUGCCAAAGCUCGUUUCUCUCUGACCCGAACGAGCUUGGCCUUCUCCAUCACAUACCAGAAAAUGGCCCGCCCCGGUAUAAUCAUCUUCUUGGGUUCCGAUGGUAUCACUGCUUUUGAGUACAAAGUCCCUAAGGGACAGUCGGACAUGAUCUGUGGUGUGUGGAAAAACCUGGCAAAGCCUCUCCUGCGACAGCUGCAGAACGAGCAAAUGCGCAUCAGCAUGAGCACGACAACGAACCGACAAGAGGAGGUGGAAGGGAAGAUCAUCAAACACAGGGCUCUGUUUGCUGAGACGUUCAGCUCUACGCUGACAUCAGAGGAGAACACAGCCAUGGGAGGCAUCGCCAUGUUGACGCUGAGUGACACAGAGAAUAACCUCCACUUCAUCCUCAUCCUUCAAGGCCUCCUCAAACACAAAGACAAAGAACCCAGAAUUCUGGUUCCCAUUCGAGUCCAACUGGUUUACAGGCAACACAUCCUCAGAGAGAUACGAGCCAACAUCACAUCUCAUGAUCCAGACUUUGCAGAGGUGCUGGCGGACCUGAACAGUCGCGAACUCUUCUGGCUGUCUCGUGGUCAGCUGGAGAUCACCGUGGCAACACAGGGUCAUGACCCCCAGCACAUCUCUGGAUUCAUUACUGGCAGAAAAUCAUGUGACACCAUCCAGAGUGUGAUGUCCAGCGGUGAUGCAUUAACUCCUGGGAAGACUGGAGGCACAGGCUCCGCCGUCUUUAACCUCCACAAUAACGGCACACUGGAAUAUCAGGUUCAAGUUGCGGGUCUCACCAGCGACGUGGUCGGUCUCACUAUUGAGCUGAAGCCACGGCGGCGAAACAAGCGCUCAGUGCUGUAUGACCUGACACCAGAGUACAACAAGGCCGCAGGCAGGGCAAUGGGCAGCUGGAGUCGCCUUGAGGCCCGCAACAUUCACAUGCUGCUGCAGAACGAACUCUUCAUCAACGUGGCAACAACUCACAACCAAGAGGGAGAGCUGAGGGGCCAGAUUAAGGCGCUGCCCUACAGCGGGCUGGAGGCGCCAAGACAUGAGUUGCCCACCCCUCUGGCCGGACACUUUGUUUCUCCCCCAAUUAGAACCGGUGCUUCUGGCCACGCCUGGGUGUCCGUAGACAAAUUUUGUCACCUACAUUAUGAGAUUGUUGUGGCGGGCCUCAGCAGGGCAGAUGACCUCACGGUGAACGCCCACCUCCAUGGCCUCGCUGAGAUCGGAGACAUGGAUGACAGCAGCAUCAGUCACAAGAGGCUGCUGACCGGUUUUUAUGGAUCGCAGGCUCAGGGAGUGUUGAAGGACAUCAGUGUUGAAUUACUGCAGCACUUGGACCAAGGAACAGCCGUCAUCCAAGUCAGUACCAAGCUGAACCCAAGAGGAGAGAUCCGUGGACGGGUCCAUGUCCCCAACAACUGUGAGUUUGGGAACAAGGGAGGAGCACAAGAAGCAGAGUUUGAUGACCUUUUCGUAAAAGACCCUGAGGAGCUGAAGAAAGAUCCUCAUACCUGCUUCUUUGAGAACCAGCACCAUGCUCACGGAUCCAACUGGACUCCCAACUAUGACAAGUGUUUUUCCUGCAGCUGCCAGAAGCGAACUGUAAUCUGUGAUCCAGUCAUCUGCCCGGUUUUGACCUGCACCCGAACUAUCCAGCCAGAUGAUAAAUGCUGCCCGAUCUGCGAUGAGAGGAAGGAGCCAAAAGACAUUAAAACUCCAGAAAAAGUGGAAGAAAAUCCUGAAGGUUGCUACUUUGAGGGAGACCAGAAGAUGCAUGCUCCAGGAACUACAUGGCAUCCUUUUGUACCGCCCUUUGGUUACAUUAAAUGUGCAGUCUGCACUUGCAAGGGGUCAACAGGUGAGGUCCACUGCGAGAAGGUGACAUGUCCAGUGUUGACCUGCAGUCAUCCUGUAAGACGCAAUCCCUCGGACUGCUGUAAAGAAUGUCCGGAUGAGGAGGAGAAGACCCUGGGUGGACUGGAGGACAGUGACAUGAUGCAGGCAGACGGCCCAAGGCACUGCAAAUUUGGCAAGAACUUUUACCAGAACAGUGACAACUGGCAUCCGUGGGUACCGCUGGUGGGCGAGAUGAAGUGCAUCAACUGUUGGUGUGAUCAUGGUGUGACCAAAUGUCAGCGAAAGCAAUGUCCAGUGCUGACCUGCUCCAACGUCACUCGCAGAGAUGGCUCCUGCUGUCCUGACUGCCUCGACUCCAGAGAAAAAGAUGAGAUUGUAAUGAAGGCUCCAGAUAAGCGAUCAAGCUGGAGACACUGACACAACAACCUGCAGUGACGACUUGUGCAAAGAUCAUCUUCCGGACCCCAGAUAAACCCCAAACCCAGAACCAUACACCUUUGUCGAGACUAAGGAUUGUAAAGGAGUCCAAUCAGAACUUUUCCUAAUGAGACAUUUAUCCAGGUGAUAGCGAAUGAAGAGCUCAACCUACAAGGCUGCCGACUUUUCCUUCCUGUCCUGAGUUUUUCCUGGAAUUCUCUGCUUGCUUAUUCCCCCAAAGGCAGCGUUUGAAUGGAAGUGUUUGUUUGUCAGGCUGUUGUGUGUUGAAGGUCACCAACGGGCCUUCUUUCUGGAGGACAGCUAGAGCUACUGUACUGUAGCUACUGUAAGUGCAGUGUGAAUGUGGUAGCAUCUGUGUGCUUGUUGUGCUACUAGACCAACAAUACACGUGGUGAAGAAGUCCAUUUGAACUGUUCAAGAAAACUAUUGCAGCCAAAACAUUCUUGUCCCCUUAGAUAAUUAUUUCCUGUCAACUGAACAAGUCCAAAUUUGAAUUCUUUUGGCAGCACGGAGGCCAGAAAAGCUCCAUGUGUUGCUGCUAAAUCUGAGUUUCAACACCCACUUUUUCAACGCUUCGAUUUUGCCACCCGUCUGUUUUAAAUCAAGUAAUAUUGUACAAUUUUUUUUUUAAACUUUUUUUUAUUGUUGUUAAUGACUAUGAAGCUGGUUUGUAUUUUGUAUUUAUUGAAUGCCGUGGAGACAAAAUAAAACAAAGAUGUUGU